AGAGAGAGCACCAGCACUGCUGUUCAUUCCUGCACCUUCGCGCGCCUCUCCAAAUAAAAAAAAACGCUUUGAUGUUGUUUUUGUUCCGCCUCGCUGUUUCACGUGCGCCCAAUCACAUCCGCGCAUUCCCCGCCUAUUUACCAUAAUCAGCGGGCUCUCCCCAAUCCGCGGCGGGUGGGCGUGGCCCGCCGCCUCGCGCUGGAGUAGAAGGCGCUGAGUGUGAGAUUCGCAUCCCUCACUUGAGAAUGGCGGCGGCUGCUGCGUGCAGUGCGCAGAGCCCGCUGAGUAGUAGCUGCUGCCCGGGGAAACUUCACAGAGAGCCCGCCAAGCGGAGGAGCGACUCGCGGCGGAGGAGAGCCGCGCUGCUCUUCCUCACCAACAUCUCCCUCGACGGGCGGCCGGUGCUGCAGCUGAACGACGCGGCCCUCAGCGCUGCGGAGUUCGAGGCCAGCGACCUCGGCUCCACGGCGGGGGAACUCUCUCCCUGCAGCUGCGGCAGCGGCACCUUCCCCAGCCUCUCCCCCUCCGGCAGCUGCUGCGGCGGCCUCGGCAGCCCCGCCGCGGCGCUGGGGCUCCUCACCGUGCCGCCCAUCCUGGUGCUGCCGUCCUCCGACUCGGACUAUGAGCAGGACGUUUUCUCGGAGCGGGGGAGCGGCUCGUUCUCCUCGCAGGGGAACCUCCUGUCCCCGUCCAGCUUCCAGCCCACUCCGCUCGGGGCGCCGCGCAAGUCCCCAACGCUGCUGUCUGUCCAGAGCUGCGGCUCCUCGCUGGACUCCCGGCAGAGGACCCGUAACCUGUCCGGAUCCCCUCGGCCACGCUCCUUGAAGAAAGUCCAUUUCAUUAAGAACAUGAGGCAGUAUGACACCAGAGGCAGCAGGAUAGUGCUUAUCUGUGCCAAGAGAUCACUGUGUGCUGCAUUCUCUGUGCUGCCAUAUGGAGAGAGCUUUCACAUAAGUGACCCAGCUCUGAACACCGAAAGGCGGAGGCACUCAUCUGGAGGGAUCUCCACCACCCUGGAGAUGUUUCCUGGGCUGGAGGGAGUGGAGCUGGGCAUAUACGGCAGGACGGUAUCUUAUGCUCAGUUCCUGUACCCCACUAAUGCUCUGGUUCGAGAGAAGCCACCAGAGAUCGCUCUGCAGCUUCCCUACUCCAGAAACAGCAUCCCACGCAGCUACCCCCCAUCACGCCUCAACAGCACUGUGGGACUCGACCUGGGGAUAGAUGACUCUGAUUAUGACCCCAACCUUCUAAGUGACCCACAGUGGCCUUGUGGGAAACACAAGAGAGUGCUGAUCUUUGCCUCCUACAUGACUACAGUGAUCGAGUACGUCAAGCCAUCAGACCUGAAGAAAGACAUGAACGAGACCUUUAAGGAGAAGUUUCCUCACAUCAAGCUCACGCUGAGCAAGAUCAGGAGUCUGAAGAGAGAGAUGCGGACUGUAGGAGAGGAGUUCUGUCUGCAGCCGGUCACUAUAGCCAUGGCCUUUGCGUACUUUGAGAAGCUGGUGCUGCAGGGUCGUCUGAACAAGCAGAACAGAAAGCUGGUUGCAGCCGCCUGCCUCCUGCUGGCAGCCAAAAUCAGCAGUGACCUCAAGAAGCAAGAGGUCAAACAGCUGAUUGAUAAACUGGAGGAGAGGUUCCGUAUCAGCCGGCGGGAGCUGAUCUCGGUCGAGUUCACUGUGCUGGUAGCUCUAGAGAUGGCCCUCUACCUGCCUGAUAGUAAGGUCAUGCCCCACUACCGCAGACUGGUCCAGCAGCCCUGAGAUCCAGCCUAGCAGCUCUGAGAGAGAUCCUGAAGCACGUCCUGUACGUGUCUAAAGGCCCACCCGUAGAGGAGAGCAAAAGAAGGCAAAAAACAAACUAAAAAACAUGCACCAUGGUUCUACGUGCUGGAAAAAAAAAAAAAAACUACUCAGCACUGUCAGCACUGAUGUAUAUCUACACUGAGCUCUGGGGGAGGGCAUCUAUUUAUAGUCCUCAGGCCAGUACUGAGUCUUCUUCAAGUUGACUGUUUUCAUGUUUUUGCUUUUUUUUUUCCCUCACAUGGGACUAAUUUUACAGAACGACACGGCAGAAGAACGGAUGAAGCGGAGAGAGGAGGCUUUAAAUCAACUAAAAGACGAGGGAAGAGCUUUUCCCAGAUCAAGCUUGUACGUGUGAGAGCGAACGUUUGUGUUUUUUUCUUUUUUUUUUCUUACAUUCCUUGGCGGUUUACCAAAAAUAACUUCUAUUUUUAAUUUACAACAGAGCUCUUCUUUUGUAUUCCCUUUUCUGCGUAUGUAUUUAUAGUAGCCACCUUGAAACAAUUAUUGAAUUCACUAUUGCUGUAUAUUAAUAUUAUUAUUAGAUCCAGGCAGUUCAUCUGUAUAAUCUUAUGCAAAUGUGUGUGAGUUUCCUAGCACAGUUUUGAUGACUGGUAACACACCCUUGUAGCAUCGUGAGUGACCAGUAUAAUAUGACCGUUUCCUGUGUAAGACGUUUUAAGGCCUUGCACUAAGGCGCUAACUAAAAAAUUGAAGUGCUCUAUGUUAGAGCGGAUUCAAACGAAAGCACGUUUUAUUGUGCUACUUCUUUAUUCUAUUUUAUUUAUUCUCGUCUUUUCCUUAAAACUUUAGACUUUAGACUGUGCCCCUAGUUUACUUACCUUCACUUGUUUUUUCACUCGUUUUCACACUCGUUUUCACUAGUCAGUGGUGUGUUGAUGGUGGUCACAGGAUAUAGCGGGUACUCUAUAUGACACAGUUGUGGCACUGUGGUUAUUGUGCAAUACAUGUAUAAUGUUGCAGCCAAAUCCAAACCUGCACAGUGCUUCCUCUUUAUUUAAUACACCAAAAAAGAAAACUGUCUUUUAUUGUUUUAUGCUCUUUUUUUGCAUUUGUUACCGAACCUUAACGUAGAAUCGGAACUCUCGUAUUGUAUAGCUUUAAGCAUAUCUCAUCACUGUGAUUUUUAGACUCUCUAAACAAUAGGGAUGCACAGAAAUUAAAAGAUUUGUCCAAAACCUAACAAAAUUAAACAUUUGGCCGAAUUUUAUACACGUUUAAACACGUUGAUUUCAGUUCAGAAUCAUUUUUUUGCAUUACAUUACAAAAAACAAUUUAUGCAACUACAGUUGGGCGAUAUGGUCUUAUUAUUACAUCAUGAUGUUAAAAGACUUUUUUGAUAAAAUGUAAUAUUUAUGCUAAUAUUUUGACAUGCGUACAAAAUCCAUCUAUGCCAACAGAUUCUUAAAAAUACUAUAAAAAACAGUACCAAUGAGGGAAAACGCCAGAAACCACAGGUGGUUCUGAGGUGUUUAAGACAUUAAUAAGUACUCAAAUGCCAAAAAAAUGUGCUGUCUGCUGUUUCAAGAGUGAAAAUAGUCACUAAUAUAGAGAUCAGUCUCAUUCCAUUCCUGUCUUCCAGCACCUUUUUCUUUUUCUGUUUUUUAUAUUUAUUGACUGUUAUGUUUAAUGACUUUUAUAUCUGCCCGCAGUACAUUUCAUUAGCAGCUUUUGUAUAUAUAUGUGUGUGUGUGUGUGUUUUAAUAUAUUCCUUAUAGCAAAAGUAAUG